AUGUCGAAUUUGUCAAAGCUUGAGUUUGUGGCACUUGACAUUUCUGGAAAGAAUUACCUAUCAUGGGUUCUCGAUGCUGAGAUUCACUUAGCCGCUAAAGGCCUUGGUAACACCAUUACUCAGGGUAAUGAGGCAUCAAGCCAAGACAAAGCAAAGGCCAUGAGUUUCCUUCGUCAUCAUUUGGAUGAAGGUUUGAAGGUUGAAUAUUUAACAGUGAAAGAUCCACUUGAAUUGUGGACUGGCCUGAAGGAAAGGUAUGAUCACCUUAAGGCUACGGUAUUGCCAAGGGCUCGAUAUGAGUGGAUGCACUUACGGUUGCAAGAUUUUAAGACCGUAAGUGAGUAUAACCCUGCUGUAUUUCGAAUAACUUCCCAAUUAAAAUUAUGUGGGGAAGUUAUGAAUGAUGAGGAUUUGCUGGAAAAGAUUCUUACGACUUUUCAUGCCUCAAAUAUGGUAUUACAGCAGCAAUACCGUGAAAAGGGUUUUAAAAAGUAUUCUGAAUUGAUCUCAUGCCUUCUGGUGGCUGAGCAACAUAAUACCCUUUUGCUGAAAAAUCAUGAAGCCCGUCCCACAGGGUCAGCUCCGCUUCCUGAAGCGAAUAUGGCAACUAGACGUGAUAAGUCUGGAAAAAGACAAAAUAAUAAUCAUGGCCAUAUGAAUGUACGUGGGCAUGGCAAUGGUAAGAGACGAUAUAAUAGUCGUCAUCGUGGUGGUCAUGGCAAACGAGAGAACAAUAUGGGUUCUCAAAAACAAUCCUUCAAGAGGCAAAAGCGGCUUUAUCAAAACUCCAUCAAAAGAAAGGCAAAUAAUGUUGGAGCAUCUUCUGCUAAUACCCCAGUGGAGUCACACUUGACCUUUAAAAAUAAUUUUGAGGCAAGGCCUUCAAAAAAAAUGAUGACAAUGCCGAGGCAAAUCUUGCUUUGA